AUGGCGGUCCGGAGCUAUAUCGCGGGCGCGCCCGGCGCGCACGCUGGCACUCUUCGUCCGCGCCGCGUUGGCGGCAGUGCGGCGAUGCCGCGUGCAGUGGCCGGGGCGCGCGCCGCCCGGCCGUGCCGGCGGGUGCUGGCAGCCGCGACCAAGGACAACGGGACCAAGAAACUGUCCGAGGUGUACACGAAGGAGAUGCAAGCGAAGAUGGGCGGCGACCUCACGUACCGCCACGAGCAAGGCAUGAACUACGCCAGGAUCUGGCCGGACAUCAUCGUCGGCUCGUGCCCGCAAACCGCCAAGGACAUCGACACGCUCGCGGACAAGGAGAACGUGAAGAUCGUCGUAUGCCUCCAGGAGGACAAGGACCUCGCGAACUUCGACGUGGACGUGCAGGAGCUGCGCGACCGCUGCGAGGAGCGCGGGGACGUGCUGCACCUCCGCCUGCCCAUCCGCGACUUCGACCCCUUCGACCUCCGCCUCGGCCUCCCGUCGGCAAUCUCGGUCAUGCACCGCGAGAUGCAGCGCCACUGCGCCACCUCCGUCGCGCGCCUCGGCAAGCAGCCCACGGUCUACAUCCACUGCACGGCGGGCCUCGGGCGCGCGCCGGGCGUCGCGCUCGCGCUGGUCCACUGGACGCGUGGCGUGCCCCUCAGCGACGCCUACGAGCAGCUCUUCCUGCAGCGCGAGUGCCACCCGAAGCUGUUUGCCAUCCGCGAAGCCACCAUCGACAUCCUGAGCGGCGGGCACCGGGUCGGGGUCGUGCUGAGCGUGCGGGCGCGCAAGGGCUCGGUGGUGCAGAUCGCGGGGCUGGACGUCGGGUGGAGCGGGCGCAUCGCGCUGGAGUGGUCGGACGAGCGGCACCGCUUCGAGGUGCACCGGGAGCUCCCCCCGGGGACGUACCAGUACAAGUACAUCAUCGACGGGACGUGGACGCACAGCAGCGACGCGCCCACCCUGGCGGACAACGGGAACGUGAACAACAUGGUCGACGCGGUGCCGGCGGACACGGACGCGUCGUACUGGACCUACCGCCACCGCCUGAUGGCCGAGUGUGCCCCGGGCAGUGGCUUCACGUGCGGUCCGACCAAGGAGGAGCUGGAGCACGUGAAGCGCGUGAUCGAGAGCGGCUCGAUGAUCGACGAGAAGCGCCGCCCCGGGAACGUCGCUGAGGCCGAGGCCACCAUGACAAAGGCUGCCGCCGCGCGUCAGAACUGA